GGAGAUUGCACACAGUGGAGGGACAGCGCACUGCUGUUACUGACACAGUGGUUGCCAUAUGCUACCCUCCUCCUGCAAGUGCCUCCAUUACGCAUCUUCAUCGUUUGUGAACACAUCUUUGUUAUUUUCUCACGAAUACAGUCCGGCAUCAAGCGAUUAGCAUGAGGCCCAUUGGCAUUCAGUACAUGUUCUGUGGCCGUGACUUCGUUCUUCUUGUGGCUUUCACGUUGCUCCUAACGUCCGCUAUAACUACCUCCUCGCAAGCUCAAGAAAAGAAAUCCAAAUUCCACGAUCCAGAAAUGGUCCGAAAUAAAGAGCAUGUCCAAGAGCACCUUGAAGAGCUGACAGGAGGGCAAAAAAGAGAGGAGGAUAUGACUGAUGAGGAACUGGAAUUCCAUUAUUUUAAAUUACAUGAUUUCGACAACAACACAAAAUUAGACGGGCUGGAGAUCCUUGCUGCAAUCAAUCACGUGAUGGGUGAUGAUAAGCCCAGUCUAAAUAUGACUCCUGAACAAGCAAGAGAGAUCAGACUUCUAGAACACAUGGAAAUGAUUGACCAAGUGCUAGCAGAAGAUGAUUUCAACAAUGACGGUUACCUGACCUACUUAGAGUUUGUCUUGGCCAGAAGGAGAUCAGAGAAAGAAGCCGAGAAGUACAAGCAAACCAAGGAAUAAAUUUUGUCUUUUC